GGCGGCUGGUAAACACUGGCAGUCAUGUGACCGCAGACAGAGGAAGCGACAAUCACGGCGACAUGUCGGAACGGACGCCGCUGCUGCAUUACCGGCUCUCCGCCAGCGUCAACGAGUCCGGCGAGCACCGGGACACGCGCACCGGGAGAGAUGAGGGCGAGCAGCGCAGCCCCGCGACCGUCCGGCGGAAACCCGCCGUCAAACAGCCGCCGAAACUCAACACUUUCUUCGGCGUGGUGAUUCCAACCCUGCUGUCCAUGUUCAGCGUGGUGGUGUUCCUGAGGAUAGGUUUUGUUGUGGGUCAGUGCGGUCUGUACCAGACGGUAGCGAUGCUGCUGGUGGCGUAUUUCAUCAUCAGCAUGACGGUCCUGUCUGUGUGCGCCAUCUCAACCAACGGAGCGCUGGACGCCGGAGGAGCGUACUACAUGAUCAGUCGUGCUCUGGGUCCAGAGUUCGGCGGCAGCAUCGGCAUCAUGUUCUUCCUGGCGAACGUGUGCGGCAGCGCCCUCUAUGUGCUGGGGCUGGUGGAGGCCGUUCUCACCACCUUCGGAGUGCCUGAAGACGGCUCGUCUCUGACCGUCUCGCGGUACGCCGUGUUGCCGGCCGGAUACUGGUGGUCUCUGCUGUACGGCACGGUCAUUCUGCUGCUGUGUUUGGUCGUGUGUCUGGUCGGAGCUCACAUCUACGCUAAAGCCACCUUCAUCAUCUUCAUCAUCGUCAUGGUGGUUCUGGGGACCAUCUUUGUCAGUUUCUUCGCCGUGCCGUUUCGGAACGUCCCGCUGCCCGGCCAGACGAACUCCUCCCUCGGCCCGACGAGCGGCAACUUCACCGGCUUCAAGUUAGACACGCUGAUGGGAAACGUGCAGGCGGCCUACACCACAGACUACACCACCGGAGCGAUGAUGACAUUCGCCACGGUGUUUGCGGUGAUGUUUAACGGAUGCACGGGAAUCAUGGCCGGAUCAAACAUGUCCGGUGAUCUGAAGAACCCGAGCUACUCCAUUCCUCGUGGCACAAUCACAGCCGUCAUCUUCACCUUCAUCAUCUACAGCCUGCUGAGUGUGCUGAUCUCCUGCACAUGUGACCGGAUCCUCCUGCAGAAAGAUUACGGAUUUCUCCGAGACAUUAACGUCUGGCAUCCCUUCGUGACGGUCGGCGUUUACUCCUCCACGCUGUCCGCUGCCAUGAGUAACCUGAUCGGAGCGUCCCGCAUCCUGUACGCUCUGGCGCGGGACGACCUGUUCGGAAUAGUUCUGUCUCCAGCCAAACGCACAUCUGGCAGCGGGAACCCCUGGGUGUCUGUUCUGAUCUCCUGGUUUCUCGUACAGCUGGUGUUGUUCUCAGGGAAGUUGAACACUAUCGCGAGUAUCGUCAGCAUCUUCUUCCUGCUGGUCUACGCCACUGUGGAUUUGGCCUGUCUGGCGCUGGAAUGGGCGUCCGCCCCGAACUUCAGGCCGACAUUCAGGUAUUUCACCUGGCACACGUGUGUUCUGGGAAUCAUCGGCUGCGCCGUGAUGAUGUUCCUGAUCAACGCCAUCUACGCGUCUGCCAGUAUCGCCUUCAUGCUGCUGCUGCUGCUGCUGAUCCAUUACCUGAGUCCCGUCAGCAGCUGGGGCUGCAUCAGCCAGGCGCUCAUCUUCCACCAGGUGCGUAAGUACCUGCUGAUGCUGGACGUUCGUAAAGAUCACGUGAAGUUCUGGAGGCCUCAGGUGCUGCUGAUGGUGUCCAAUCCCAGGUGCAGUGUGGGAUUGAUCACCUUCAUCAAUGACAUCAAGAAGAGCGGCCUCUAUGUGCUGGCGCACGUGCAGCUGGGAGACCUGGACGUUCUCCCGUCUGAUCCGCUGCAGUCUCAGUAUGACUCCUGGUUGUCUCUGGUGGAUCAUUUGAAUAUUAAAGCGUUUGUUAAUCUCACGCUGGCAGACUCCAUCAGACAUGGAGUUCAACACCUGCUGUUCAUCUCAGGACUCGGUGGUAUGAGACCCAACACUGUGGUUUUAGGUUUCUAUGACGACACCCCGCCUCAGGACCAACUCCUGGACUCCACCCUGACGAUGAGUAAUGACAAUUCCUCUCAGGUCGACGACCCAGAGAACCAGAACGACCCGCCUUUCCAUUUCCCGCCAGUGCGAGGGGGCGUGACUGUGGGCAGGGGCGGAGUUUGGGGCGGGAAAUCUCUCGGGCCUCAGGAGUACGUGUGCAUCAUCGCAGACGCGAUCAAGAUGCUGAAGAAUAUCGCGUUAGCUCGAUAUUUCGAUCAGUUCGAUCGGACGCACGCUCUCCAGGGGCCCAUAUUCGUCGACGUUUGGCCGGUGAAUCUCUUGCGACCGGACAGCGCCGCGUACGUCGACACGUGCUCGCUGUUUUUACUUCAGCUCGCCUGCAUUCUUAACAUGACGAGGGCGUGGCAGAAAGCAAGACUCCGCCUUUUUCUUUGCGUGGAGGCGGGGCGAAGCCUCAAGGGGACGGAACAGAAACUCGGACACCUGCUGAAAGACCUGAGGAUGAAGGCGGAUAUCUUCACAGUUCCCUGGGAUUCCCAAGUCGCGCUUCACUGGCAGAGGCAGACGCGAUCGGAGAGAAUCGAACCGGAAGAGCCGGAAAGCGAGGAGGGCGGAGUCGAGGCCGACAAUUUUUUCACUAAUAGUUUCCAGACCAACACCUCACGAGUGUCGGAUGAGUAUUUACAAGCCGUUAACAAACUCAUCCUGGACCAGCCGCUCGGCCCUCCCGCCGUGCGCUUCCUCUAUUUGCCCCGCCCUCCCGCUGACACCAGUCGUUACCAUGACUACCUGCGUCAGCUAGAGCUGCUCACGCGUAACCUGGGUCCGACCCUGCUGAUUCACGGGGUCACGCCGGUCAUCACCACUGACCUUUGACUUCGGUACGAUAACUUAUUCCUGACAGGGGCGUUACGUUCCCAAGAUAAUUCUGAGGAUAAAACGACAAAAGAUAAAAAUUACUUUUCAUUUUUCACGUUUUCUUUUUUGAUUGUUUUGAGCACUUCACAUGUUUACUUCGGAAGAGUGAGAAGAUUCACACAGACGCUACGGAUCAGAGAAAUCACCUAAUUUAACACUUUCCCUUCCACUUCUUCCGUCCCUUGCUCUUUUUCUUUCUUGGAUUGUAACUGAAUGUGACAAGUGGAAUUCCAGGAAUUCCGGAAUGUUGCCGCUCUGAGCUGAGAAGCUUCCAUUCCUGAAUAUUUUUUCUGGUGAUGCCAACAAAAACUGGAAUGAUCUGGGAUGUUUUUAGCCACUCCAGAAGAAUUGUACGUUUUCACACCAAAGCAACAAAGAUGGAUGUGUGGAAUUCCUGGAAUUCCAUAAUGUUUUAUAAUGUUGCCACUUUGAGCACUUUUGAUUCCUGAAUAUUUUUCAUUAUGACACAUGUAACAAGUGGAAUUCCAGAAUGUUCCAUAAUGUUGCCGCUCUGAAAUCACAACGCUUUACAUUACAGUGCUAUUCCUGAAUAUUUUUCCUUAUUAUGCUAACAAACUCUGGAGUGUUUUAGGAUGUUUUUAGCCACUCCAGAAGUAUUUUGAUUUUUCUCACCAAAACAACAAAGGUGGAUGUAACAAGUGGAAUUCCAGAAUGUUGCUGCUUUGAGCUCAGAUCUCUUGACAUUCUGGUGCUAUUUCUAAAUAUUUUUCCUAAUGAUGCCAACAAAGACUGGAAUGAUUUAGGAUCUUUUUAGCCACUCCAGAAGAAUGUAACAUUUUCACUCCAAAACAACAAAAUGUGACAAGUGGAAUUCCAGGAAUUCCAUAAUAUUGCCACUCUGAUCUCAAAACUUGUGACAUUCUGGUGCUAUUCCUGGAUAUUUUUUUUUCUGGUGAUGCCAACAAAGACUGGAAUGAUCUGGGAUGUUUUUAGCCACUCCAGAAGAAUUUUACAUUUUCACACCAAAACAACAAAGAUAGUUGUAACGAGUGGAAUUCCUGGAAUUCCAGAAUGUUACUACUUUGAACUCACAACGCUUGAUAUUCCGGUGUUAUUCCUGAAUAUUUUCCCUUAAGAUACCAACAAAGACUGGAAUGAUUUAGAAUGUUUUUAGCCACUCCAGAAGAAUUAUAUGUUUUCACUCCAAAACAACAAAGGUUAAUUUAACAAGUGGAAUUCCAGAAUGUUGCUUCUUUGAGCUCAAAUCUCUUGACAUUCCGGCCCUAUUCCUAAAUAUUUUUCCUGAUGACGCCAACAAAGACUGGAAUGAUUUAGGAUCUUUUUAGCCACUCCAGAAGAAUUAUAUGUUUUCACUCCAAAACAACAAAGGUAGAUGUAACAAGUGGAAUUCCUGGAAUUCCAGAAUGUUGCCACUCUGAGCUUAAAACUCUCCAGUGCUAUUCCUGGAUAUUUUUCCUCAUUAUGUCUCAUUAUAUUUCCUCGAUAUUUUUGGAUGUUUUUAAUCACUCCAGAAGCAUUUUGAAUUUUCUCACCAAACAACAAAGGUGGAUGUAACAAGGUCCUGGAAUUCCAUGACGCCACUUUGAGCUCAGAAAUCUCAACAUUCCGGUGUUAUUCCUGAAUAUUUUUCCUUAUGAUACCAACAAACACUGGAAUAUUUUUGGAUGUCUUUAGGCACUCCAGAACUAUUUUACACUUUCAUGCCAAAAUAAUAAAGGUGGAUGUAACAAGUGGAAUUCCUGGAACUCUCAACAUUCCAGUGCUAUUCCUAAAUAUAUUCCUGAAUUCACCAACAAUGUCUGGAAUGUUUUAGGAUGUUUUAGCCACUCCAAAAGUAUUUGGCCGUUGUCACUCCGAAACCCAAAAGGUGGAUGUAACAAGGUCCUGGAAUUCCAUGUCGCCACUUUGAGCUCAGAAAUCUCAACAUUCCGGUGUUAUUCCUGAAUAUUUUUCCUUAUGAUACCAACAAACACUGGAGUGUUUUAGGAUGUUUUUAGCCACUCCAAAAGUAUUUUGACAGAUUUGUGAGUGUAUUUGUUUACUUGACGCAAUAAUAUAUUUUUGGGCCUAGACAGAUCUGUUGCCUUCAGCGAUUCCACUGGCGAGUUUACAGUACGAGAGAUCACUGUUUUACUGACACGAACCAAAGUGCUUGUUUGUUUGUUUGUCGUGUGUGUGUUUGUCAAUAAAGGGGUUCACAUGUGCCUUGCGUUACAAAAUUAUAGCAAAAACACACACAUGACUAACAAAACAUGACAAUAUACCUCCAAAUGCUUGUACGAAAUCACAGUCCAUUUUGUGUUUGUAUUGUUUUUAAUAUGAAAUCAUUUUAAGAACUGUAAAAUUUAAGUAUAUAAAAAAUGAAAUUGUUUAAUAAUUGAAUAAAAAUAAUGUUUGCUUAA